AUGCAACUCUUUUCUCAAGACGACGGUUCAGGUAUCAAAGGAGAAGAGAAUGCUGACAGGGCGGUCUAUCGGUCUGCCAAGCAAAUAUUGAGUGUCUUGCGAGCCAUUGAGAGUCCCAGUAUCGAGCUUAUUCAGUGCUCCAUUCUGCUCGCAUUUUACGAGUAUACCCACGAGGAGCUUGGGCGCGCCUACGUCAGUAUUGGAGAUGCUAAUACCAUGGCUUCAAUUCUACACGUGGGGCCUGGGAAGUACCGUGAGGAUGAGCGGGAAGCUAUAGUACCCUACGAGGAAGAAGAAAGGCGCUGCGUUUACUGGAGUCUUUUCGUGCUCGAUCGGCUAGUCCAGACCGACUAUUCUCUUCUUCACAUGCCGCACCAGAUACCGCCUGCGGUUGUAUCUCCUCCCGCGGCGGAUGAUCUUCUCCCGACGAAUCAUUUGCUUUGGUAUGAUGAGGAUCAGUCGCCUUAUUACAUAACCCAGCGAUACCCUGCAGACACAGACUUUUCGGUGCCUGUCGGGCCUUUUCAAAGGAACUGUCAAUACGCCAUGCUCUAUACUGGUAUUACCCCCCCUCAGUCCCCUGCAGGUCCAACGGCGUUUGAGUUAGGAAGCCAUAAUGUCACCUCGCCCUCGGUUUUGCCUCUCAGUAUUUUAGACCUAUAA